AUGGGUCGUCGGUCUUCAGCGUUUAGCGAUGAAGAUGACGUUGUUGUUCGGUCGAAGCGGAAGAGACAGAAAGUGAAUUACGCGGCGGUGGAGAACAACUAUGAUGAUUUGGAUGAUGACCUCGAUGAACAGGAAUUUCAAGAGGAGUCAGCGGCGCCAGCGGAGGAGCCAGAGGAGACUGCGCUGGAUGAGGACGAUGCAUUGAUUCCAACGCAGGAACCAGUGUCAGCAGAAGAGGCUCCCUCACAGCGGUCAAGUAAAAGUCACAAGAAGAAAUAUGACGAUGACGAUGAAAGCUUUAACGAGGAUGAGGAGGAGGACAGCGAAGAACAACUUGACGAUGAAUCUGACGAGUACGCUUCCGAUUUUGCUAAAGAGGAGCGUCGUAGACAAGAGAGACAGUUCAUCUCCAGAGAUGAUGACGAUGAAAUAGAUGACGAUGAAGAGAAUGACUACGUUCCUGGAAGAUCACAUAGAAAGACGAAAAGACCGCGUGGAAGGCCAAGAGGCUCAGGAGGAAGAAGUGUCAAACGCAACAAGAGAGGGAGACCUCGUUUGACCAGGUCCAGCGACUAUGACUUACAAGAUGAAGCGUUCAACGGAGAUGAGGGACACGAAAAUGCGGAUAACACAUUGGAACAAGAAAUUGCGGACCUGAAGGAUUCUGAUGUUGAGUUAACACCACAACCGAGAUCUUUACGUCAACGUACCAAAGAGGUGAACUAUCAAAUACCUCCCCCACUGACUGAAAACUUGGAAGGAUUACCAGAGAUUGUACAGCAGCCAUCUCCGUCUCGUCGUAGAGGCAAUAAUGGUGCCAUGUCAAUCCGGAGAUUGUUUCCUACUGGCGGGCCCUUCGGCGGUGGUGAUGUUACAUCGAUAUUUGGUAAGAAUUAUGGUGGGUUGAGUAACACUCCAGGUAAUCUGCUUGCUGGUGGUGCAGAUUCUGAUUCAUCAGACGAUGAAAUUGUUCCCGUCAAUGGAGCCCAUAGACCCUCAGUAGUUACUGCUACCCCCAUUGGAAAGACAAAGAAAAAGGACAUUGCAGAUACAGAUCCAUUGGGUGUUGACAUGAAUGUGGACUUUUCAAGUAUCGGUGGGUUGGAUAACUACAUCAACCAAUUGAAAGAGAUGGUGGCACUGCCAUUAUUAUACCCUGAAGUGUAUCAAAGAUUUGGAAUCACACCUCCAAGAGGUGUCCUUUUCCAUGGUCCUCCUGGUACAGGUAAAACUUUGAUGGCUCGUGCGCUUGCAGCGUCCUGCUCUACUCAGGGCAAAAAGAUCACGUUCUUCAUGCGUAAAGGUGCUGAUUGUCUAUCCAAAUGGGUGGGUGAAGCUGAAAGGCAAUUGAGAUUGUUAUUUGAAGAGGCAAAGAAACAACAACCAUCUAUUAUCUUUUUUGAUGAGAUUGAUGGUUUGGCACCUGUGAGAUCAUCGAAACAAGAACAAAUCCAUGCAAGUAUUGUGUCAACAUUGCUUGCCUUGAUGGAUGGUAUGGAUAAUAGAGGCCAAGUCAUUGUUAUCGGUGCUACAAAUAGACCUGAUGCCGUUGAUCCAGCAUUACGUCGUCCUGGUAGAUUUGAUCGCGAGUUUUACUUCCCUCUACCCGAUAUCAAAGCUCGUGAAGAGAUAUUGCAAAUCCAUACAAAGAAAUGGGACCCUCCUUUACCUACAAAGUUUGUUGAAAAAGUCGCACAACUGACUAAGGGUUACGGUGGUGCAGAUCUAAGGGCCCUUUGUACCGAAGCAGCAUUGAACAGUAUUCAAAGACGCUAUCCUCAAAUUUACCAGAGUAAUGAUAAGCUCAAAAUUGAUCCUUCAUCUAUCCAUGUGGCAGCAAAGGAUUUCAUGAAAGCCUUGGAUAAAAUUAUUCCAUCAUCAGCUCGUUCCACCGCAUCGGGAAGCGCUCCUCUUCCUGAGCAUUUGACAUCGCUAUUGGAAGAGUCCCUCGAGGGAAUCACUGCAAAGUUGGAUAAGCUGGUUCCACGCAUGAAAAAACUUACAGCUCUAGAAGAGGCACAACUUGUUGACCCUACAGAGAACGAUGAGGAUGGUGGGUUUGCCAAAAUGGAGUUGGUAAAAAGGCUUGAAGCAAGUCGUGUCCAUAGACCGAGAUUAUUAAUUACUGGUGAAGCUGGAAAUGGUCAACAAUAUUUGGGUGCAGCGGUCCUGAACCAUCUGGAAGGUUUCAACGUGCAAUCUUUGGACUUGGGAUCACUAUUUAUUGAUUCCACGCGCACAACAGAAAAUGCAAUUAUCCAGAGCUUUGUGGAAGCCAAGCGUCACAAGCCGUCUAUUAUAUUCAUACCAAACAUUGAUAUAUGGUACCACACAGUUCCUGAGUCUGCAAAGUCUACUUUAUCGGGGCUUUUGAGAUCAGUAUCAUCCAACGAGAGAAUUUUGUUAUUGGGUGUCUCAGAUACGCCUUAUGAAGAGCUAGAUAAUGGUCUCAAAGUUUUAUUUGGUGUGAGCGAUGCAAAUUUCGUCAAACUGUCUUCACCAGAUGAGACACAGAGAUUGAACUUCUUCGAGACGUUUAUCAGUGCAAUCGCAAUGAAACCUAACGAGUUUUUGGAUUCACGUCAGAAGAAACCAUUAGAGGUGUUAGAGAAGAUUGAGCUGGCCCAGGAUCCUGAAGCUGAAGAGGAAAACUUAAAGGCGUUUGAGAAACACGACAUGAAGUUAAAAAACACUUUGAAGAUCAAACUUUCCGGUUUAAUGGAUCUUUUCAAGAAUCGUUAUAGAAAGUUUAAGAAACCACCGAUUGAUGAUUUCCACUUGAUUCAUUUGUUUGAAGAUGCACCAGCAAUUGUUACCUCAGUUCCACCUCUGUAUACAAAAGAAGGUGAUAUGAUUGUUGAAGUUUCGACGGGUCGUAAAUUCUUUAACAUGGACUUGGAUAUUAUUGAAGAGAGAUUAUGGAACGGUUUCUAUUCGGAGCCCAAACAAUUUUUGAAAGACAUUGAAAUGAUUUAUCUGGAUUCUGUUACUUUGAACGAUAGAGAGAGACUCAUCAAGGCGAGUGAAAUGUAUGCUAAUGCGCAAGUUGGUGUGGAGGAAAUCUCACUCCCAGAAUUUGUUGAGCAAUGCAAGGCAUUGAGAAAACGUGAGCUCAAACGUAUCAAAGAGCACGAGAAAAAGGAACAUGGGGAAGUUGUUGAUCAAAAUAAGAACAGCCCAGGUGAGGAGAUCCUAGAGACCAAGGGAGAUAAUAAUGAAUCGCCUGCUAGAGUAUCUUUGACGGACAAAGACCAUUUUGAUUCAAUUGAAAAGGUUGAUGAACCUGUGACACCUGAACCUGCUCUUGAACCUGUUGGCUCUGCGGAGCCAACUUCUAGAGAGCAACAACCACAUCGUGUUCUAAUCAGCCAACUUGUUGAACCGUCAAAGGAAAUUCCACUGGCAGUUGCAUUGCCUAUCACCGAACCCGAUGUUCCAUUUGUAAUUGAUACCGCACGCUUGAAACGCUUAGAAUCCAGAUUGGUCACCAUCACAGAAGGCUGUACCGUUGAACUGUUAGAACAGAUAAAUGCCCAGCUGAUGGAUAUCGUCUGGGAACGUCGUGGUGAAUGGGAUCGCACAUCUAUGUUGGACGCAAUCGAGCAAGCGAUAAACGUUAUAGGUGAAGAGUUUAACAAAUGA